UGUAGCUUCGGGUUGGAGUCUCUCUAUCUCUCUCUCUCUCUCUCCGACCGGUCCGGCGUGCAGACAUGGGCCCCUCGUUACGCUCAGGGAUUACCGUCGGCCUGCUGCUCACCUUGGCUCAGGUGAUCGCCGUGAGCUGCCAAGAAGACGCCGAGAAAGACACCUGCACAGAAAAUGGAAUCGUCUACGCGCACAACGACAUGUGGAACCCGGAGCCGUGCCGGAUCUGCGCGUGCGUUACGGGGACCGCCAUGUGCGAGGACGUGGUUUGCGAGGACCUCGGCGUCUGUGAGGAAACGGUGACCCCCGAGGGCGAGUGUUGCCCCGUGUGCUUGACUGCAGCUCCGUCCUCAGCCCCCGCAGAUGAGAAGGAGAAGGAAAGCUGCUCGGUGGAUGGCGAGGUCCACCGGCACGACGACAUCUGGAAGCCGGAGGCGUGUCGCGUGUGCGCGUGCGACAACGGCGUCGCCGUGUGCGACCAGGUGCAGUGUGAGCUGCUGUCCGGCUGCGAGAAGCAGGUCACGCCCGACGGGGAGUGCUGCCCCGUGUGCGAGAGCUUCGCCAGCGCCAGGAGGACGACAGAAAUGAUGAGCUUCAAGGGAGAGAAAGGGGAACCAGGCGAUAUCCCAUAUGUGGUGGGAUUCCCUGGACCUUCAGGACCCGCGGGUCCUCCAGGAGCUCAUGGAAAAACUGGAAAGACAGGCUUCAAAGGCCGAAGGGGAUUAACGGGGCCUCAAGGAUUCGACGGAGAGCCCGGCGUACCAGGAAACCCCGGACGGCUUGGACCCGCGGGCCACCCCACGCACCCCGGGGGCAACCUGGUGGCACAGAUAGCCGGCGGCUUCGGGGAGAAGGCCUCCGGUCUGGCUGGGAUGGUGACGGGUACCGGCGGGGAACCAGGACCACGUGGACCUUCAGGGAUGCAUGGACCACAAGGUCCAUCAGGGGCUCAGGGGUAUCCAGGGGAGGCCGGGGACCCGGGACCGAUGGGGGAACCGGGUCACCGAGGACAAGACGGGCCUCUUGGGAAAACCGGACCUGAUGGAGAGGCUGGAGCUGCAGGUGGUGCCGGAGAACCAGGAUUUCACGGAUCUUUGGGAGCGAGAGGAUUCCCAGGACUUCCUGGUCAUCCAGGACUGAAGGGCCACAAGGGAACUGGCGGUAUUUCUGGGCCAAAAGGAGAAUCUGGAGCGCUCGGAACUAAGGGUAAAUCUGGUACUCCGGGUGUGAUGGGUGCUCCAGGCCCACUGGGCUCGGCGGGCAUGCAGGGAGAACGAGGCCGACACGGACCCACCGGUCCUCUGGGGAAACGUGGAGAAAGCGGCCAUGUUGGCAAAGCUGGUCCUCUGGGUCCAAUAGGAAUCGCCGGAGUUGUAGGAUUUCCCGGUAACUCAGGAAUGAAGGGUGAAGCAGGACCGUCCGGGGUCAGAGGGACUCCAGGACAGCAGGGUCCCAGAGGGGACGGGGGCCACGUGGGCCCAGCUGGACUGUCGGGCCUGCAGGGCGCUCCAGGACCUGACGGAGCUCCCGGCGGCCGUGGAUCAGGAGGUCUCGCAGGUCUCCAGGGUCCAGCAGGGCUGUUGGGGCAACCCGGCCCCCCCGGCUCCCAGGGGACCACAGGAACCACCGGACCCAAGGGCCAAUUGGGAGAAGCCGGACUGUUUGGAUUCAAAGGAGAUGCUGGGUUCAAGGGAGAGAGAGGUGACCACGGUAUUCCAGGUCCAUUGGGCCCGAUGGGAGAGGACGGGAAACGUGGACUCCGAGGGGAUGCUGGAUCCUCCGGUCCUCCAGGAGCUCAAGGGGAGUCGGGAGCUCCAGGAAACAGAGGUUUCCCAGGUGGAGAUGGUCUACCCGGACACAAGGGAGCCGUGGGCGAGAGAGGCGUGGCCGGGUCGACCGGCGCCAAAGGUUUAUCUGGGGAUCUGGGACGUAAUGGAGAGUCGGGCCUCACAGGAGCUCGGGGUCUGUCGGGACUUCUCGGCGCCCAGGGAUCGGAGGGAAAGCAAGGCCCGAUGGGCUCGGCUGGAGAUGACGGCAAACAGGGGCCCGGUGGGUCGGCGGGGGGCCGAGGGUCAGCGGGUCGGAUGGGCCUGCCGGGACCGAAAGGCUUCGCUGGUGAUGCCGGGAAAAUUGGAGAAGCUGGAAGCUCCGGGUCUCCAGGUCAACGGGGGGUGAAUGGAAAAGAUGGAGAGGAAGGCGCCGCCGGUCCAACCGGUCCAGCUGGUCUUUCAGGGAAGAGGGGAGAGCACGGGCCACAGGGACUGCAUGGUUUCCAGGGUUUGCCAGGAGUACCAGGACCACCCGGAGAGUCAGGAAAACCAGGUGUUGAGGGUCUUGCUGGAGAAGCCGGUGUUAGCGGGGGAACCGGACUCAGGGGCGAACGAGGACCUCCAGGAGAGAGAGGGGGCAUCGGGUCCAACGGGCUGCCGGGAUCUAAAGGUAGUCCAGGUGGACCAGGACCAGACGGGUCAAAGGGUGGCAUCGGUUCUAAGGGUGCUGCAGGAGAGGGAGGUGGUCCAGGACUUAUGGGGAUGUCCGGAGAGAGAGGUAUAUCCGGACCUUCAGGCCCCAAGGGAGAUGCAGGCUCGUCUGGGGGAGUCGGACUGGAGGGGAACGCCGGCGCUGACGGUGCUCGGGGACUUCCUGGUUCUGUGGGACCUGCUGGUUCUAAUGGACCCAAUGGAGAGAAGGGUGAAACGGGCCCGUCCGGACCUGCAGGACGCCGAGGCACCCGAGGAAUCGCUGGUUCUACUGGUUCCACCGGUCCCGCCGGCGCCGUUGGCUUCCCCGGAUCCGCUGGUCCCGAUGGUCAACCUGGGGUCAAAGGUGACGCAGGUGAGGGCGGACUGAAGGGAGAGGGAGGAGCUCCUGGACCACAGGGGAUGGCUGGGAAGUCAGGAGGACAGGGCCCUGUUGGUGUGACGGGCCUGAAAGGUGGCAGAGGGACCCUGGGGGCCACGGGCUCGACUGGUUUUCCUGGACUGCCCGGAAGAGUCGGACCAGCUGGCUCUAAUGGUGCUGUUGGGCCAGAGGGGCCAAUAGGAGCUCCAGGAAAGUCGGGACCUGCCGGGGUCAUCGGGGAUAACGGAUCUCAGGGACGUCAAGGAGAGAGCGGAGCUUCAGGGGCACCGGGCAGCGCCGGAGAGAAGGGAGACUCUGGAGAGGACGGUCCUGGGGGUCCGGAUGGACCUCUGGGACCUGCUGGCGCCGCAGGGCAGCGAGGCAUUGUGGGUCAGCCAGGACUCAGAGGGGAGGCGGGCUUACUGGGAAUGCCCGGUCCUGCUGGCCCACCUGGGAAAGCCGGAGCGUCUGGAGUCCAGGGCGGCACGGGGCCCGCCGGUGGAGUCGGUCCAUCGGGAGCCAAAGGGCCAAGAGGAGACGCCGGCCCUCGGGGUAUCGCUGGAGCAGACGGGCCUCCAGGGACGGACGGCCUCAUCGGGGCCAGGGGCGAUCGGGGUAAUGCUGGUUCAGAGGGUCUGGCUGGUACUUCAGGGUCUGCAGGAAACGAGGGUUCUGUGGGGAUGACGGGCGGUCCAGGACAAAGGGGCGAGACAGGUGCACCAGGAUCUUCUGGAUCCCAAGGAGCAACUGGAGUACGGGGGAAAGUGGGCCCUCAAGGACCACAGGGAGAAAAAGGAGCAGUUGGAGACCAAGGAGAUAGGGGACAGAAAGGACACAGAGGGUUCACCGGGCUCGACGGUUUGCCAGGAACAACCGGUGCCACAGGCGACGCAGGGGCGACGGGUAUCGUUGGACCAGCUGGUCCGAGGGGUCCUCAAGGAGUGUCCGGUCCUCCAGGAAACGAAGGAAACAUCGGUCAGCCAGGACCGAUGGGCGCUCCUGGAAGGAGAGGGUCCGGCGGGGACAUCGGUGCACAGGGUCCACCUGGAGAUGCGGGACCGUCUGGCGCUCCAGGCCCCCCCGGCCCUCCCACCGCGGGUAUGCAGGACCACUUCGGCGGCGCUUACGAUUACGAGGGGAUCCGCCACGCCGAGGCGUUCUUAGAGGACGACGUGGCUGCCGAGCCUCCUCAUCUUCCGGAGUUCAAUCAAGACGAAGCCCUCCCCAAUAAGAAGUCGGCCGCCCUGCGCGCGGACACCGGAAUCCACGCCACGCUGAAGACCCUCAGCGGACAUCUGCAAACCCUCCGCAGUCCGGAUGGCAGCCAGCUGAACCCUGGGAAAACCUGCCGGGACAUCAAGCAGUGCUACCCCGAGAAGACGAGCGGCGACUACUGGAUUGAUCCAAAUCAAGGAAGCACGAAAGAUGCCAUCAAGGUCUUCUGCAAUAUGGACAAUGGUGAAACUUGCAUCUCCGCCAACCCGGCCAACAUUCCCCGCAAAGCCUGGUGGACCAAAUCCAGUCCCAAGGCCAACAAACCCAUCUGGUUUGAAGCAGACAUGAACGGCGGAAACAAAUUCCACUACGGAAACGGCGAGGAGCGGUCCAACGUGGUGGCGGUGCAGAUAAAGCUGUUGCAGCUUCUGUCCAAGGAGUCGCACCAGAACAUCACGUACCACUGCAGGAACAGCGUGGCCUACAAGGACGAGAGGAACGCCAACCUGAAGAAGGCUCUGGUGCUCCGGGGCGCCAACGGCCAGGAGCUGAGAGCCCAGGGGAACGCUCGCCUCCGGUACACCGUCAUCGAGGACGGCUGCACGAAAUCAAACGGCGAGUGGGGCUCGACGGUGAUCGAGUUCAGGACUCAAACUUCUGCCCGGCUGCCCGUCGUGGAUGUGGCCCCCAUGGACGUCGGUAAACCGGAUCAGGAGUUUGGCCUGGACAUCGGCCCUGUGUGCUUCUCAUAAGUAAACAAACACAAGAUGGACAGAAACGCCCCUUUUUUAGAGAAGCAGCGUCAUCACCAGUAAAUUAAAGUGUGUGGACUCGUCUUUCCGCGAGCGUGUACAAGUCGAUGGAGGUUGGGUUCUUCUACACGUGGCUGCGUUUCCCCAAAAAAAGCUGAUGAAGUACGGCGUGAUAUGCAGCGCGACCGGCAGGACGCUGACGUAAUUUAUUCACCUUGUCAAUAAAUGUAUCUAUGGGGAAAAGCAUGUGGAAUAGAGAAUAAAGUCUGAGGCGCUGACAUGAAACCUAAAAAGAGUUGAGAUGGAUUGUAAAGUUGCAUAAACUAGAGGAAAAUAAGGCAAUAAUAUAAAAGCUGAAAGAGAUGUAGCCUCAGAGCAGAUUACAUUAUUAUUAUUAUAAGCAAUCCAACCUUUUUACUUGGCUUUUUUCUCUCUAGUAAAUGCACGUCAUGGGGCCUGGAUAUGGCAAGAGUUAAAUAUAGCAAUGACUGUAUUUCUUCAUUUUAAUGCAAUAAAAACAUUUAAAGUCAUGCUUAAACCUAAAUUAUUAAGUUAUGUGCAGGAACAGAUUAACUCUUUCAACAGAAAACCUUUGCAUCUCCUUUUAAAAACCCCAACUGUAAAUGCAACAUAUGACUGUAAAUUGCAAAUUGUUUGUUGUUGGAAUAAAUGUGGAAUAAAUGUC